AUGACGUUCAGCCCCAUGUUGGGGGUCAAAGAUAUACUCUAUGGAACGUAUAAAGUCAUUCCUUCACACAUGGGCGACGUGGCCUUUCAGGGAAGUUCUUCAAAAAAGUUGAUCAAGGUGACAGUUCCUCCUUUGUUGACGGAGUAUGGCUCAUGCGAGGACAUCAUAAAAAUCUUCGUAACUUCCCAGCCGACAUCAUUUGACUUGCUAGAGCCACCCAACAUCGACGAGCUAACACAGAGAAUUGCCGGGUAUAAGAUUAGCCAUCCUAAUACCAAGUGCAUCAGAAGCGCCAUAGCUUAUGGAGCUGCCAACUACCACACACCCACUCCAACUGGAGGUCAACCACGCGGUCUGGCGAAGAGGCUGGCGAAGGCCCAGACUAGGAACCUCAGGAUAGUGGCCGGAGCAUACAAGGCUACACCAAUCAGAAACUUGGAAACCGAAACCUGGGUGCCACCACUGGACCUAUACCUCAACAAGAGACUGGCAGACUUUGAAGCCCGGCCACAGAACCCAUGCUUACACAGCGGGCAAGGACUAGAUGCAUCAAAGCACCCACCAGGGCAGCUCGUCCAAGAAGCGUGUAAUAGGAUAUACCGACGCUUCCAAAGACGGAGACCAGGCUGA